AUGAGGGGAAUAACGCUCUUACUAUUCACACUAAUUUCGUUAGCCUUAGCGUAUUCCCCAUCCAAUGUAAUACAAGCAAACGAUAAAAAUUUCCAACAAAUAGUCACAGCAUCGGGGAAAUUCACCUUUGUCGAUUUCUAUGCCGAUUGGUGUCGUCAUUGCAAAAAACUAUCACCGGUAGUUGAUCAACUACUGACUUUAUUUGCAGACUAUCCUCAGAUCCAAGUGGUCAAGAUAAAUGGCGACAAGGAUGGUAAAAAGAUGAGCAAGAAGUAUGUUGAAAUUGGGUAUCCUACAUUGCUAAUGUUUGAUGAUCAAGGAAAACACGUUGAAUUUGAUGGAAUUAGAGAUAUUGAAGCAUUUAGUAAUUUCAUUCAACAAUUCAGUGGUGUAAGGUUGGAUAAAUCACGACAAGAUGAGGUUGAAGAAGUUGUGCAACAAGAGGAGGAAAUUGGAGACGCAAUUGUGUCGUUGAAACCGAAUCUGUUUGAACAACAACUUCAAGGUACUCCAUAUGCAAUUGUAUCAGCUGAAGGAAGUUGGUGUUCAUUUUGUAAAGACUUUGCUGGUAUUUUCAAUAGAAUCGCAAACACUGUUUAUGCUAGGAACAAAAAUAUCUUGUUUGCCACAUUGACUGUUGAUGAACAAGGUAGUGGACAAGAAGUGCUUGACAAGUAUGGAGUCAAUAGAUUACCGGCAUUAUUGCUUGUUAAAGAUGGUAAUUUGGACAAUGCUGUUGUGUAUGAAGGAGACUUGAGACGAAUUGAUAAAGUGAUUGACUUGAUUAAUGAUUUUACUGGUACGUUGCGUGAUAGCACGGGAGAUUUGAAAGAAGGAGCCGGCGUGAUUUCAGAAAUUAGUCAAUUGAUUGCCGGGGCAAAUGGCGAUUACACAGAGGUGAUUACCAAGUUGCAUGAAGUUAGCGGCGACACUGUUGAUUUUUACAAGUCUGUUGUUGAGAGUUUAUUGAUAAACCCCAAUGCAAUAAAUUUGGAGUACAAUAGAAUCGGGUCAAUUUUGAAUAAAGAUGUUGAUAAGUUGAGUGGGGUUACGAUUGACUCAUUGAAACAGAGAUUGAAUGUCUUGAAUCUGUUGCGGAUAUAG